AGCUGUGAUUUUAAUCGAUUGGUAUCAGUUAGAUCCAAAGUCUAAUACAACAAACAACCAAAAUGUUCAAAUUCUUCGCUAUUGUCUUCGCUGCCAUCUUGGCCGUAGCUUUCGCCGUUCCCACCCCUGACCCUGAAGCCAAACCAGCAGUGGUAGCUGCUUACAGCGCACCCUACGCUUACUCCGCCCCUGUUGUGUCCGCUUACGGAGCCGUACCCUACGCUGCCGCCGCCUAUGGAGCUCCUGUAGUAUCAGCCUACAGUGCUCCAUACGCUUACUACAGAUAGAUGACAUCUUGAGCUGGCUGUAUCUUUUGGAAAAUUAAACAAUGACUCUAUUUUAUUUUUCUACUUUUUGUAAAAAAAACUCUUUUUUUUUGUAAAAUUUAAAUUCUUCAAU